AUGGCCGAACACAACUACAAAUUCAACGUCACUAUGACUUGUGGCGGCUGCUCCGGCGCCGUGGAGAGAGUCCUCAAGAAACUCUCCGGUAAGCUCUCGAGGCUCUCCCUUCCUCUCCUCCUCUGACCCUGCUCCAGGUGUCAAGAACUACAACGUCUCCCUCGAAUCGCAGACCGUCGACGUCACGACCGAAGAGAGCGUGCCCUACAGCACUGUGCUCGAGAAGAUCAGCAAAACGGGCAAGAAAGUCAACAGCGGAGAGGCGGACGGUGUUUCGCAGUCGGUGGAAGUCGGCGCAUAG